UUGAUACGCACCUUACCAUGAAGGUGGUUACAGCAAGAAAUGUAUGAGUUGUUGUGGUAUUGUUUUGCGACGCGUGCGUCGUUGAACGGAUGCCCAUCUGUUGGAUGAUAGGCGAUACGCAGAGUUCUCGACGAGUGCCGACGUCCGGCGUCAUUUGCUGCUGUUGGCACGCCACCGAAGACCUUCUCACGAUUACAGAUAGGAGUUCCGACGACUGCGAAGAAAAUGGCUCCGCAAGUGAUACGCGCCGCGACCUACCUUAGCCCCGGAAUCCCUGUAGAGUUCUUUGAGGCCGUGUUGGAGUACCUCGAGCGUAGGCUCGAUGUCCACACCACGUUGAUUUACGAGUCCCGUUGGUUUGGACCUCCGGCUGACCGGCGCGACCCUUUUGCUCACGGAGAUGUCGACAUCGCAUUCAUGAGCCCCCUCGCUUUCGUCCGCAUGCACGAUUCCGGCAACGAGCACGUCGAACUGCUACCGGUUUCUUCCGUGCACGAGCAUCGCAAAGGCAGCGGCGAUACGGGACACUUCGCAGACGUAAUUAUCAACGCCGACUUGAAGGAGGCCAGCGUUGACUCUUUCGAGAAGCUACGCGGCUGCCGGUGGGCCUACACCGGCCCGGAGUCCUUCAGCGGCAACCAGAUAACGCUCCAGGUGCUCAAGCGACGCGGCGAGACCGCCACAUUUUUCGGCAACAAACUGCGUGCCAAGUCGCAUCUGGACUCCAUCUACAUGGUCCUCAACAAACAAGUGGAUGCCGCCGCCGUAGACGCGAACUGCUUGGCGUUGUUUUUCGACCGGAACCCGUCAUAUAAAGAUCAGGUGUUCGUGAUCGAGUCGUGGGGGUCGCUUCCCCCGUACCCCAUAGUUGUUAGGAAGGCGCUGCCCCAGGAGACGAAGCUGGCUCUUAAGGAUGCACUGCUCGAGAUGUCAGAGUUCUCUGAAGGCGCUAAGCAGCUCGCUCAGUACAGGGUAAAGCGUUUUGCGCCUGUCAGCAUGGAUCAGUUCCUGACGUUCAAGGAGGAUGUGAGGGAAACGUCCAAGCUUACCUUCGACUCGGUCUACUACUAAAGUUCUCGGCUGUAACAGUGUCGCCUCGCGGGUCACCCAGAGCCCAAAGACACGGCUCUCUAGAAUUGCCGUUCGGUUAGCCUGCCUAGUGAAGAAAUAGUCAAACGAGAGGAAGUUUUCCCUGAAAACCUGUUUUAAGCGGCAGACAUUCCGAGCCGAGUCAGCUAUAUACUGCCCUAUUUAGGCCCUUAAUAUCGCCGUAGUUAAGGCAUGUAAAGAGCGCAUUGCUUGCUUUGAGUAGGGUUGGCUCUUAGCGCUUGGAAGCCCACAGAUAUUGAUUGUAUUUCCGCGCUCAAUACAAGUUUAGGUGUCGCUUGGCAAGUCGUAUUGUUGGGCACAAGCAACUGUAGGUUUAGUAAAACCAUAUUGUGAUUUUUCGUGCCCAACAACGUUCCACUUUGCUUCACAUCUGAAGCUUGUGAAAACCUAGACUGGUCACAACUGGACAUCACCUGUUCUUUCCUAUGCAACAACCUGUUUGGCAGUGUAGUUCUGUUUAAGGGAUUUCUUUUGCAUUGUAACCUGCUGUGUGUGCAUGUAGGCUUUUCCUGUGAAUGACAUUGAAAUCAAUUAUGCUAAAUUAUAUAUCAAUGUUUUUAAAUAGGAUGCUUAUUGCUUCAGCUUAAAGCUUCACGUGUACAGAAUAUGCCCCUUGCUUCAAAAACAGCACUCUGAUAUGUUGUGCUAAUGAGAGAAGAUUCCAGUGGCAAUCUGUAUAGUUUUCUUUAUUAAAUAUAUAUAACUUUUUACA